AUGCCCCCAAGCAGACCUUUGAAAGAUAGUGACACCAAAAAGGCGCGAGUUUUGGCCAACAGAUAUGAGAUUGUGAAGAAACUUGGAAGCGGAAACUUUGGAACUGCAUUUUUGUGCCAGGACCUGAAGUCUGGCAACCAACUGAAAGUUCUCAAGGAAACCCCUGUAGACCUGCAGCCCGAUGAAACAGUUGAUGCCAUGAGGGAGGCCAGGUUCCUGUCUAAACUUGAGCAUCCUGGUGUUGUCAAGUGCUAUGACAAUUUUAUCACAGAAGACUCCUUUUGUAUCAUAACAGAAUAUUGUGAGGGUGGUGAUUUGGAUCAGAAAAUUAAAGAACGCAAACAUGAUGAGGAAUUUUUUGAUGAGAAGACGAUUCUGGACUGGACAGUACAACUCUUACUGGCUGCCGAAUACAUGCAUAGUCGCAGGGUGCUACACAGGGACCUCAAGACCAGGAAUAUUUUUAUACAGAACAACAAAAUGAAGCUUGGAGAUUUUGGAAUAUCGCGCAUUUUGAUGGGGACAACUGACAUGGCUUCCACUUUCACAGGGACUCCGUACUACAUGAGUCCAGAGGUUCUUAAACAUGAGGGCUACAACUCAAAGUCAGACAUUUGGUCCAUUGGCUGUAUAAUGUAUGAGCUGUGUACGCUGGAGCACGCAUUCUCUGGCCAGGGUCUCAUGCAUAUUAUGUACAAAAUUGUCGAUAAAGAUCCACCUGAGCUUCCAUCCAAAUACUCUAAUGAACUCAAUGAGAUAAUCAAGAAAAUCUUGGUGAAAGAUCCAGACCUGAGACCAUCAGCGGCAGAAGUGCUGAAAUUUCCCUACAUAGCGAGACAUAGAGCAAAAAUGAAGGACACCCUGACGGAUGAGUACAAGGCAAAACACAACAUCAGCCCAGAGACGGCAGAAAGAGAAGCAACUGAGCUUGCCAGCCUUCUUAGAGAGAGCUCACAUCUUGAAGAUCUUCGUAACACACUUGACAAAUCAGGAGAACAGAGUGCUUCAGAAACCAGAGGUCAGCUCCAGACCCCUACGGAGAAAAAACAAACACCCAGAGAGAGGAUGCGGCAGAAAAAGAUGCAAGAAGCAGACAAGAAGGCCCGGGAAUUAAAAAAACUAGCCAAGAUUCAACUUGUGGAAAAUUUUGCAAGGAAACAGAAGAUAAAGACCAGUCUAGAAAAAGUUUCUGUGCCUAUUUGGAAAGGGGGUCAUGGCGAGGGGGAAGUUUUGAAACAAGCACUGUCAGUCAGAAAUGACAAACCACUGUCAGGGUCAGGUAGGGAGGUAUUAUUGUAUUCGGCUGUUACAGGCAAAAACUCUUGUGACCAUGAAUCUGACAGUUCUGAAGGGGAGAAUACCACAGUUCUACAAACAGUCAUCAGACGGAACUCAGAAAGAGGUGCUGGAGAAAGAUACAGAGGUGCCGGUGCUGGACGACUGACACGUUCUUUUUCCCAGGGGACAGCGAGAACAGAUGGGGACAAGCCUGCAGCCAGGAUGGUCAAGACCAUUGGGGGAAUGUACCCUGAUGACAGGCAGAUCACACCAAUGAGAGACAAGAUGAUCUAUGACCGCGAGCAUUCUUCACUGGAUUUCAAAGAUGGAAUACCAGAUACCCCAGAGGAGGCGAACACAUUUUAUGAGCAGUUUGAUGACUUUGAUGGGGACGAUGUGAUAGACACUGAGGACACACUCAAGCAUGCUGAAGAGGAGCUGAUCCAUCACUUGGAGGCCGCACUCAGCAAAUAUGACAAUGAAGAAUCAACUGUGUUUCACGAUGAUGUGGCCAUUGAUACUUAUGGACCAUUAUCCAGGGAGAUCAAAAUCACAAACAUUCGAGCAGAGUGCAAGAAAACUUUAGGACAAGAUGUGUUUGACAAGGCCUACAGUUAUCUCAAGGAAGCUCGCAGAUCAGAGAAAAGGAAAGAUAAGAGUGAAAAAGAGAUCAUGGAUGGACUGCGGCAGUAUGUGAAGAAUCCGUCUGACUGUUUCCUCGUUGACCAGCUUCUGUUUCUGGAAGAACAAGCCAGAUUGAGCUAG